UAAAACGCUGCACUGUGUCAGUUAGCGUAUCAUUUGCAGUUUAACAUUCAACGAAUUCAAAGACCGGAAACGCGACACACAGACGGUCCGCAGCUCCUGGCGUAGUUACAAGAAAGUGUGAUUUUGAUUUUACCAGCAGACGAAAUGGCCAAGUGGUUCAUAUUGAGCGUUCUGCUAUUCGCUGGUGGUGUUGUGCAUGGCAAGCCCACAUUUGGCAAGGAACACGUGCACAUUCGCAUCCAUCUCGCCGAGGAUCAUGGCGAUCAUGGACAUGGCGGUGGACAUGGCGGCGGCGGUGGCUUUGGUGGUCAUGAUACCGUCAUAAUUGAUGGCGGUGGACAUGGUGGCGGCGGCUACGGCGGUGGUGGUCAUGGACAUGGCGGUGGCGAUAUUAUUGGACCUUUGACUGGCGGUCUGUUGGGCGGUGGUUUUAUCAGUAGCGCUCAUGGCGGCGGUCACGAUCACGGACACGGUGGUGGUGGCCACGAUCAUGGACAUGGCGGCGGAUUCGGCGGUGGAGCUGGUGGUCAUCACGAGACCAUUAUUUUGGAUGCUGGCGGUCAUGGUCAUGGUGGUGGCGGCGGUGGUUUCGGCGGCGGUGGUUUCGGCGGCGGUUUCGGCGGAGGUCAUGGUGGUGGUUAUAGCGCAGGUGGACAUGGCGGCAGUGCAGAAACCCAUACACUUAUUAUCUCAGACGCAGGUGGUCAUGGUGGACACGGUGGUGGUGGCGGCGGCGGUUAUGGCGGAGGUCAUGGUGGUGGUUACGGUGGCGCACAUGGUGGUGGUCACGGCGGUGGACAUGGAGGCGGCGCUGAAGCACAUACACUUAUCAUCUCGGACGCUGGUGGACAUGGCGAUCAUGGCGGUCAUAGCGGUGGCGGUUAUAGUGCAGGUGGACAUGGCGGCGGUGGUGCUCAAGUAGAUACCUAUGCAAUUAUUAAGGAAUCCGGCAGUGGUUACAGCGCAGGCGGUCAUGGUGGACAUGGCGGUGGUGGCGGCAGCAGCGGUGGCUACAGCUAUGGCGGUGGUCAUGGUGGCAGCAGUGGCGGUGACUCCCAUUUGGCGAAAAUUGCAGCAAUAGCAGCAACAUCUAGUGGCUCGCACAGCAGCGGCGGCUAUGGAGGUGGCGGUCAUGGUGGCAGCAGCGGCGGUGACUCUCAUUUGGCCAAAAUUGCAGCAAUAGCGGCAGCUUCCAGUGGCUCACACAGCAGCGGAGGUGGUGGCGGUUAUAGUGGCGGCGGCGGCGGCGGCGGCUAUGGAGGUGGCGGUCAUGAUGACGCCCACAUAGUGGCAGCCGCAGCUGCGGCAAGCUCGUCUUCACAUAGCAGCGGCGGUGGCUACAGCAGUGGUGGUGGCUACAGCAGCGGCGCUGGUUAUAGCAGCGGUGGUGGUUACAGCAGCGGCGGUGAUUCACAUUCCAUUGCCAAUAUAGCUGCUGUGGCAGCUGCCAGCGACUCACACAGCGGCAGCGGUGGUGGCGGCUAUGGCGGUGGCGGUUAUGACCACGGUAGUAGCUACAGUGGUGGUAGUGGUUAUGGUGGUAAUAGCGGCGGUGCUCAUAUCGACACUGCAGUUAUUGCUGCAGCAGCCGGUUCGCAUGGAGACUCAAGUGGCAGCAGCGGCGGUGGCUACAACUAUGCGCCAGCAAGCGGUGGCGGCGGCUGGCAAUCGUCCGGCAGCGGUGGUUGGGCUGCGUCCGGUAGUGGCGGCAGCAGCGGUUGGUACAAACGGAAAUGAGCGUCAAGCGUAGGCGCCACCAAAGUAUAGUUUCUUAAGAAAAUGCAUAAAUAUGUUUUCUAAUGUUGUUGUAAAGGCAUUUUAGAUUAAGCAUAUUUAUUCUAGUCCUCUAAAGCAGUGAGGUGGAGCAGCUGAACAGUCGGUAGUAGCCAGAGGCAACUGAAAGUUGCGCACUGCCAAUAUCACCUCACGCCUUCCAUUUUGCAUCGAAGUAUAUGCAUGUAUAUACAUAUAUGUACCUUAUGCGCUCAUCAUAAAUUAUGUUUGACAAUCAUUUUGUUAUAAAAAAAAAUAUUUUUAUGUAAGAUGUUACCAUAUUUUUAAAGCGAAAAAUGUGCUAAAUAAAAUUAAUUUAUAUUAUUAAAA